UCACGUAUAACUAGCCAAUGCAGCUACUACACCGCGUGUGUUGCACUGUUGGAUGUGAGCACGUAAUACAGUGCGGAAUCCAACGCUACUGAAGUGAAAGUAUAGAUUUCAUUUGCUUUUCUUCUUUCUUACCCUGUUGUACACCACGGAGCAACCCUGACCGCCGCUCCCGCCGUAAGCCGUCAGCCGGCUUCGGAGUAUGUCCUUACUCGGACAACGCCGCUAUGAUGUGUCACAGAAAAUCAGCUCGGAAGCGUUGGAGCUCCUCAACGACAUGCGAAAGAUCGGCCAGCUGUGCGACGCCGAGCUCUUACUCCAUGAUGGGUCCCUAAAGGUCCACCGCGCCAUCCUGUCCUCAUGCAGUCCGUAUUUCCGGGCGCUCUUUACCACCACGCUACGCCCGGCAUCUGCCGCGAGCGGAGACCACUGGGUGACGCGAAUCCAUGGCAUUACUCGGGAGUUCAUGGAGGUGCUGAUUGACUACGCCUACACCCGCAAAGCCAACAUCAAUGUCGAUAACGUGCAGGACGCGGUGGUAGCGGCCGAUAUGUUUUGCAUGCUUGGUCUGCUCAACGCCUGCGUGGACUUUAUGCGCGACCACAUUGACCCGGAGAACUCCAUCCAAGUGCAGCGGUUCGCCGAUGCCAUCGGCAUCCCCGAACUGAAGUUCUACGCGUUGCGCUACCUCCUGGAAAACUUUGCAGAGAUCCGUAAAACCGGUUCGUUUAGUCAGUUGUCUCUGGAGGAAUUGGUGGCGCUGCUGCGCCACGAUAUGCUCAACGUCAGUCGGGAGGAGCAAGCGUGGGAGGCUAUAGUCCAAUGGAUAGAAGCGGACCGGGACAGCCGCAAGCGCUGCAUUGUCCAUAUCUUACCGGCAUUACGCUGUGGAUUGAUUGAUUCGCAGUAUUUCAUGGAGAAGAUCAAGAGUAAUCCGUUGCUGAAGGAAUUUGAUAAUGAAUGCAAACCGGUCAUCAUUGCGGCGCUCAAAUACAUCUACGAUCUGGAUUUGAACAAAAACCCCGAACAGGAUCCCAAUGAUGUCUAUAUAACACGCUCACGGGCUCCACAUGAAAUUAUGUUUGCCAUGGGCGGCUGGUCGGGCGGCUCCCCAACCAACCUGGUGGAGGUAUACGACGUGCGAGCAGACCGCUGGAUCCGAACCAACAUCGGUGACCGCAACGGGCCACGCGCUUACCACGGUUUGGCGACGAUGAACGGGCUCAUCUACACUGUGGGCGGCUUUGACGGCAUCAGCUACUUCAACACCUGCCGCGCCUUCGACCCGGUGACGCGCACCUGGUUGGAGAUCUCCCCUAUGCAGACGCGUCGCUGCUACGUCAGCGUCAUUAGCGCUAAGAACCACCUGUACGCCAUGGGCGGAUAUGACGGGGAAUCACGACAGGCGCGCCAAGCGACGGUGGAGCGCUACUCUCCGCGUAAGAACCAGUGGCGUUUUGUAGCACCCAUGAACUCACAACGGUCAGACGGGUCGGCCUGCGUGAUGGACGAUAAGAUCUACAUGGUAGGCGGGUUCAAUGGGCAGGAGUGUCUGCAGUCAGCCGAGAUCUACGACCCGGCCGCCGACACGUGGGAAUUCAUCCAGCCCAUGCGUAACCGCCGGAGCGGGGUGGGUGCAUGCGCACUUAACGGCUGUAUCUUCGCCAUCGGCGGGUUCAAUGGUGUGGCACGCAUGCUCAGCGGCGAAAAGUACAGUCCGGUCACCAACCAGUGGACGGCCAUCAAGGAUAUGCUAAAUCCACGAAGUAAUUAUGCCAUACAGCUACUGGACGGAAAAGUUUUCGCGGUCGGCGGCUUCAACGGCGUGACAACUAUCGUAAACGUGGAGUGCUACGAUGAGAAAAGCAACGAAUGGCAGGAGUGUGCCAGUAUGAGCUUAUUCCGUAGCGCCCUAAGUGCUUGUGUCAUCGGUAACAUUCCCAACAUCGGCUCCUUCAUCGAGCGGCCCGGCAUCGACGAGUAUGUGCCGCGUUCGCUGCAGGUUGUCCCGCUAAAGGAGGAGGACAGCCUCAUGGUAAUCGAGGCGCCUCGCGAAACGACUACCACUGGUGCGGAGCCUACGCUGGCAACUGUGCCGGAUGUCGAUAGCGACGUCGACAUGGAGGAUAUCAUUUAGAUUAGACCUUCUUCAAGUUUUCCAGUGUGCUGCACUAUUUUCCAAGUUUAAUGUAUGACUUAUCAGAUACGCCGGUUACUUUUACAUAAUCUCAAACCGAAUUCCGAAUCUAACAGUAAAGGCGCGAUUUACAUGUAUUUUGUUGAGCAUAUAAUCUGUGUUUUGGGCGGGAUAGCAGAAAGCCAAUAAAUAUUUCAACAUUACGA